CAGCAUUGGCCUGCCGCCUCUCGCGACGGAGGGUCGUGUCGUGUCCACAAUGUAAUUUCUCGAACAACUUCUCACUUCUUUCUGCUAUCCUAGUACUAGUUUAACGAUACGUAUCAUGUAUUUUCUAUAGAAAAAAAAAUUUGGUGCUCAAAAUUAAUUAAAGAUAGUUAAAGAUUUUAAGAUAUUUUUAUAUCGGCGCUUUGUUAUGGCGAGUUGUUAGUUUAGGGUUGUAGUCAAUUUACAUAGUGCAUUCAAGAUGAACUUCAUAGGUGCGGUCGGCGGCGACGGCGACGACAGCGAUGAUAAGGAGAAGGAGGAAGAGGCAGAACGCGAGCGGCAAGAGGCCAUCCGCGAGGCCGAGGAGAGACGCAAGGAGAAACAUCGCAAGAUGGAGGAGGAGAGAGAGAAGAUGCGGCAGGAGAUCAGGGAUAAGUACAAAAUCCCCAAGAAGGAGGAGAUAGCAGAGCAGCAACAGCAGGAGCCCGACAACCCGCUGAUGAGGAAGAAGAAGACCCCCGAGGAGCUGGCGGCGGAGGCCGAGCUCGAAGACCAGGACGAGUUCACCAAAUUGAAAAACACCAUCGAAACGCAAGUGAACGAACUCAAGUCCCAGAUCGAGAGUAAGUGCGUGAUGCAGUGAGCGGGCUGAUGUGCGCGCACCUUUACGUGUAACCGAAUACAUGAUGUAGCUGAGCCAAACCCACCCGCACCCUCAAUACAACAAAUAUUACGUUCAGGAUUUGUAAAACUGAUCGCACAUACGCUCGCGCGAACCGCAUUUGCGGCACGCGUCUUUUUCGUUACUAACUAAGAUGAAAUUGCUUUUAAAUAAGUAAUAGAGCAUUUACUCGUAGUAUGCUACUUCAAUUUAUGCCAAUAUAAUCGUCAGAGAUGCAUUUGAUUACAAUGUUAAGGGACUUCAAAUGACGUCAGAUUCAUGACAUGAGACUUUUGACAAAUGUUAUGAAUAAUUGUAGAAACAAUGUACGUUUAAAAAUAAAUCCGAAGUUACAUUUGAUUUACUUUUGUAUAUGUACGAAUGUGUAAUGUGCUAGUAUUCAGAACGCGUUGACGCAAACAAAACCUCAAUACAUAAAAUGUAUAAAAUACUUAUAAAAAAACCGAGAAAGACUACUAUCCAACUAAAGAGAUACUUGAUUCUGCAAAUUGGUACAAAAUAAAGAAUUUAAUGUAGAUUUCUAUGAUAUUAAAAUAUUAAUUAAGUUAAAAGAUUUUUUUUGAUAUUAAAUAUGUCGAAAAUUAUAAGUGAAUGAUAUUUGCACUAAUAUUUGGAUCGAUUUUGAUGUCAUAGUAAAAAUAAUUUGUUAAAUGUUUAAGCUCAUAAUGUAGUUGUCAUGUCAAAUGUAAUGACGUGAUAGGUUAUAUUGAUUUAGCAUCCAGGUACUUUUACCAUACAAAUGGAUAUACAUAACGUUACGUCGACAUUCUAUGUCACGUUUUUUAUUAGUGACGUACAAAGAUUUGAAAUUCAAUCAGAAAUUUUCUUUACGGAUGACGUCAUUUGAAUUCGAGCAGCGUAAACCGCGCGACGUGUAAUGUGCGAUCAGCAUAAUGGUUUGUAUCACACGCGCUCAAAUCAAGUUUUGUAGACGAGAAUCAAAAUUUUUUCGAAAAUUAGACGGCUAGUAGCAUGUACGUGGCGUUGGUGCUUUGAUAAUGAGCAAUAAUAUUUUUAUACAUUCAUAAGAGCGGCACUCGGAGCUAUCAAUCAAGUUAAAUAGACGAAUCGGUCGCUUCCCUGUAUAACACCGUAGAUCUAACCUAAAAAGACAUAAAAAGGUUUUUUAGGAAAAGGCGAAUUCACUGCGAAUUUAACGCGUGCUCCGCACAUAUUCAAAUUCGUAUGAUGUUUUUUCUGGACAAGGAAGUGUCGUCGUCAAUUCUCUCGCUCACAUUUUUCGACUACCUACAAAAUUAUUAGGUUCAAAAUUAUUUGCCGUACGUCUAAAUCUGUGAGCUACGUCAUGAGUACAGUCGUCCACUUGACUUGGAAGGAUAGCACCGAGAGAAACGUCGUUUUAAAACAAAAGGUAACGUUAGGUCAAAAAGUCAUCGCGUUGCCGGGCGAUCACAGCUGUAGAAGAUUAAUGUAACUGAACCACCAAACUUUGACACUUCGCUGGCUCAGACACAUAUGGUGCCACCACUACCUAAAGUAGUAACUCAAAUUUAUAAAUAAAUUUCCAAAAAAAAAACUUAUUUAUCAUGGUUUAACUUAAAGAGUUUGAUUUUACUUGAAUUACAUCUAUUUGUGAAUGGAAUGACAGACAAAGUAAUGGAGUGAAUUAAAAUAAAUAAAAAACGUCUUUCAAUAACGAAACCCGAUUUCCAUUCUCAAAUAUUUCAAUCCAUAUUUUAUUAUUUUUUUUAUUCAAUAAUCAAUAUCUUGUUCAAUCAAGGCAUAUAGAUGUCAUUUAAAGUCAAAUGACCUACUUUUAAUUUUAAAAUCAUGACAAAACAAUAUGUAGACCAUGACUUUUUUAUUUCUAAAAGUUGGCGCUAGGAGAAAAAGAACGAGUAUUUGGGCUUAAAGCCUUAUAGGCUUUCCAGCUUCAUAAAUAGUCCUACUGGAAGCCUCAAUACGGAUAUGCUUUUCCUAAACAAAUCCACGUGUCAAAGCUGGCGAAGAUGACUAGCCAACCUAUCACUUCGUCUGUUCACUACAACGCAGCUAAAAUAAACAUAUUCAAUGAGACCAUAAUUGUAAAAUCAAUAUAUAGCAUAAAAUUGAAUUAAUUUGUGAAAAAAAAAGUUUCUUGUUUGGUGCAUUUUAGUUACAAUUUUGUUAAGAAUUAAUAAAAAACAUUAUAACAGUAACUGAAUUUUGUGACGUCAAAUUUAAUAUUUCUUUUGUAAGACCAAGUGUCAAAAUUGUCGUAUUCAAUUGUAGUAUUAUUGCCCUAGAAAUUCGAGUACAAGUGCUGUUUUAGAAACUCUAUUAUUGAUAGUUUUAAAGGACUUGUUUGUUUGUGACUUGUGACUUUGAUUGUUGUUUUAUGACCGGAUCACAAAAAUCACCUGCGUUCUAGUCGACGGACGAAACACCAACCAACCUGUUUUAUAUGUUGAUGCUUGUGAUAUAUUGUUAUUUAAGUGUAAAAUGAGUAAAUUUAAUACAACGGUGUAAUUAAUAAAUUGGAAGAAUUAAAUUAAGAUUAGCACGCGUGUAGUGGCUUAAAGGCACACAAGGCUUUGGUUAAGACAGCGACUGUCAUAACGUGCGCCUUUGUAAACGAAUAAACAAAUAUGUUUGCAAAGGGUCGAUGCGCUAUCGCACAUCAUUGUCUCACUCUAAACCUGCCUCUGGACUGAGCGUAUAGAUCAUUCAGGCGAUGCUGUAAUAGUUUAAGUGAUUUUUGUUGUGAUGACAAAACAUCAUUGAGGGCAGAGCUUAAAAUUACUUUAAAAAUGACCAUAAUAACUGCAUAUCGUGAGGUUAAUAUUUCAUGGCACUUCUUAUAUGAAGAAGUGUCAUUGACGUCAUAAUAUGCACCACAUGGCUCAUAAUAUUGUUGAAAAAGUCUUUUAAAAUACAAGUCAUGUCUGCGUCUAACUCUAGGUAAAAUAACCAUUUAUUUUUUGUGCUGCCUUUGGGUACUCUAUGACAUGUUUGAUCUGAAUUACACGUAAAAGCUGUUAUAUGACAUAGAUACGACAUGAGUGUCAUAGAGUAUUUCAAAUCAUCCUUUGAUCAUUAUUAACUGGUAGAGUUAAAUCUGUGUUGUACCAAACAACUGUCCCUGUAGCAUACGCUCAGUCUAGACUCUGUCUUCUUCGUCUUCGGAGUUCAACAAUUACAUUGAAAUAACAAUGUAUUCUUGUUAUCUUGAAUAUUUGUUUUCAUCCAAAUUCCACUGGGCUUGUAUCUCUUGGCUUGCUCUGCUGCCUUCGUCUCUUCAACUCGAAAUCUUUUGCAUGCGUGCUUAUGCAGUGUUUCAAUAUCGCGUCAGUGUAUUUUGUUUAGGUGUAUAAAUAUUUGUCUGAAACUCGGUGGGACACUUUUACGACAUGUCAUCAUAAAAACCGAUAUUCUUAAUAUUCUUUUAUGUAACUAUGUAGUAAAAAAGCAUUUGAAUGUUAUUUUGAAAAUUUGUGACAGAUUGUCAUACAAGUCGAGUUACAAGAUACAUGAGAAAUUGUUAUAUUGUUAUGUAAUUCGAAUUUCAUAUUUUUGUGAAGCAUUUGUAUGUUAUGAAAUUUUCUCACCAUGUUUCGGACUAUACCUGUAAUCGACCUAGCCUUAAAACCCACAUCGAAUAUAAUAGGUACAAUAUUGUAACAGACAGCGAAGACAAUAUGGUCUCGCAUUACGUGUUUAGAGUCGUUGUAAUUUCGUUUUUGCAUGUCUUUAUAAUAUAAGAUCGAUGUUCGUUAAUAAUAAUGUAAAGUUAGGUAGCGAUGCCUCAUGUUUUAUGAUUAACUGUUGAAUCAAGUUGGUAGACGCGAUUCGCAAUUGAUGUUCUGUGCUUAGGAUUAAAGUAACGUUGUGCGAGCUGAUCCUUCGAGCGAUUAACGUCUAGUGUUUGUAGUCUAUGUCUAUUAUGUCAUCUCAGUCACAUGAAAACAAGAACGAAAUUCUUUCAAAGAAAUGAAUGAAAAUAAAUUAUAUUUCUUACUGGUGGUGUUAUGGUCAAUUCCAUAAGUAAUAGCGAUUUACUGAAUACAGGGGCAAAGAUAAUGCUGCCUACUAAGGCAAAACGAUGUAGCAAAUUCGCUCACAGAUCCUGUUGAUGGCACACUAUGUAUAUAAAAACAAAAUUUCAUGUCGUAUGUACAUUGUUCUUCUAACAAUAACAAAGAAAAACUUAGUAGAGGAAAAGCAUUAUCAGCAGAUACAUUAGAUUUAUUAAACAUGAGGUGUGAUUGAGACGACAUAUUAUUUAUACAUGGACAAUGUUGAUAGAUUCCGCGGGCUAGAUUCAAUCCGAAAACAAAAUACACGAUAGGACACAGAUUUGAUUCAAUGCACGCGGAUUUACACUACUGGGAGUUUUCAACAUUUACUUGCUGACUUUUAUUUGUUUCACAUACUUACUGAACUACAAAAGAGUUGUUAAAUCUUUGUCCACCUUAAGUACAAUAGCCAUACCAUACCAAAUGAACAACAAUUAUCUCUUUUGACAAAAUACGUUAAGAAAUCAAUGUAUUGAAGUGACAUUUGUAUAAUGUAUUGUAUCGUGCGGAAACAAAUCAUAAAUCAAUAAAACAGUCUUGAGAUCAACUUGUGUAUCUCACUUAAUAGCGCUUUAGGACAGUACUAUUUAAACAAAAAUGUCAGUAAGUAAAGGUUUUUGACUGUCAGUUGUAAAGGCAAGUGAUCUACGUUGGGCUAAUUGUUCGGAGGUUGUCUCCACGUAUUAAGCUGCAAAUGCAAAAGAUUUGUUAUCGUCAAAAGCUGUGAUAUAAGAAUAAAAUAAACUAAUGCUGUGCGCCCGACGCGGCCCGGCUGCGAGCGCUCGACUCACUCACUAAUUAGCUACUUGAUCUAUUUUUAUCUCUUUCACUCUAACCCCGCUUUUGUGUGAUCUAUAGUUUAUUAGAGGUCCUAAGAAAAUGUGUGCGGCAUAAUAAUUGAAUUUCGUAAGAAAUUCGUUUUUUGACACUUUGUCAUACACACACUUUUUCAUUAUUUUAACGUUACAAAACAAAUUACGAACUCAUAUAAAAAUAUGAUAAUGUUCCAAUAACAUGUAAAACUAUAAUUUAUAUUCCUAUUUUUACAUAUAAUACUUGACAAAUAUAUCUUAGCUUUGGUAACAUUUUCUUUGCUCAAUAGGUAACAAAACCUAAAGAAAUUUUAGAUCGACUGAAACAAUUCCUAAAAGCCAUGAAUUUUGCUAACAAUAAUAAACUAUGGAUUACCCAAAUGUUAAUAUAACAUGGGGUUCUUUCAAUAUUUCAUCUUUAAGAGCAACUUGACUUCACUCGGAUUCAAUGAUCACCUUUUCUAGUAGAUUUAUAAACUCUCAAAUGGACUCUACGAUGUCAGCACAUCAUGUAUUUUUAACUCUAUACCAUUAGUUUUAAAGUUAAUUUGAUUAUUGUUAACAUAGCAAACGCUUGCUAGUUAAAUUUAUUUUAUAAGCAGAUAUAUUUACCCAAAUAAAUAUAUUGUCCUGUAUUGAAUUUAUUUAAUAUAAUGCUAACAUCUGAAAUCGUAAUGAGAUUUCUCUAUGACAUUGGCGCCGUAAAAUGAUUGCAAUUCGUAAAGUUAAAGUGACAAAAGUAACUAUGAAGAAGUGUCAAAUUAUCUUUAUGAAAUACAUAUCAUGCGUAGUUCCGACUUCAUUGUCAUAUUGAACUUUUAUCUGACUCUAGGUUUUGAGUGUAAGUUUUUGAAACAAUCUCGUAAAAUGGUACUUAUAAAACAGUCGGUUGUCAUUUUCUAUUUACAAGUAUGACCACACAACAGUAACACUCAAGACGUUUAUCUUAAAUUGCCUUAUCACAUACGGUUGCAGUCAAUCAACUUGUCUAUGACAGACAAAUGGCAUUAAACAUCCAUUACACAUUUAACAUUUCAUACUAAGUCCUGUUCCAAGGACGUAAUAUGUACGUAUAUACGUAUACACUCUUUUGUGAAGAUGUGUCAAAUUUACGUAACAAAAUACUUAGAAUGAGUAUUCACGACUUCAGUAUCACAUAGAUGCGAUCAAGAAAUUACACUUAAAAUUACGUUUCACUAAUAUAAUAUAUACAACUACUCAUAUUGUAAAUAUGACAGAUCCACAAUAAUUUCAGAUAAUCAUCUAUUGAGAUUUUCAGCUAUAUUUUCUGAAGUAUAAGAUAUCACAUAUUUUCCUGCACUGUACUACACUGGAUAAUAUUUUCAUAGCUUCUUUCGAUAGGCUUAUACUUUGUGCACGCCUAGCUAAAUAAACUUAACUCUCAGGUCUUGUUUAUGGCUUCGAUUCGCUACAACUUAUCGCAAAUAUACUAACGUCAUAUGAGAAUUUAAUAUCAUUAACGGAUUUGCAAGUGUGUUGCGAUUUGCGAAUCGAGCUCUUUGGACAAGUGAUUUUUCGCACAUUAUAACACGUGACAUUAAGUCAUAGACGCUUAUUAUUUGUGUGAAGUGUCACCAUCUCCAGACAAGACCGCUGAGGAUCGUUAUCAACGGGUAUCUUUAAGUAGAUUCAGCCUGUCCGUCUUCUCUCAACCCUUCACAAUCUUAGCAAUAAGGUAUUAAAAUUAAAUUCAGUGUACGUGUGUCUAGGCUAGGGUUAUCAUGUAUUACGAUAAAAUAGUAUCUAUGUAUGUGCAUGGCGAUCUAGUUAAAACUGUUGUUCGUAGAAAAUAAACAAUAAUAGAGGUAAGAACUCUUGGACCUGUUUUUUAUAUAUCAUUUUAACAUUGACAUGACCAAAAUUUUCUCUUUCUCCCGCUCCCUAUAUGCGAUGGAUAAGAUAUGUGUCUGUUGGUAAUUAAUUUGUUGUCAAACUAUUUGGUUGCUAGUGUAAAAAUUUCAUCUUGUAAUAUAAGCAGACGUUAUGGACUAAAUAAUAUCUUUUUUUUUAAAAUCGGCACUUUGAUAUACAAAUAGUUCCUUUGGAAAACUAUAAAAAUUAUAAAACAUCAUAAUUAUUAUGUCGUAUUUAAGCAAAACACCAUCGGGUAAUGUUUCAAGUCAGCAAAUAAUUAUCGACAGACGUAUCGUCCCACUCUGUAUUUUAUUCUAAAGCCUUACACCUUAUUGUAUUCCUCCAUAAUACCGCUGUAUCUAAUAUGUCCUAUCUUCCUCUUUCAAUCUAUCGUAGAUAUAACUGUAAUCUUCGUUGUUGACUCUCACGUAGUUGAUAGUGUUUAGAAAAGUUAUUUUGAUACGUAGCGAGGUUUAGAUGUAACUAAACUUUAAAUAAAUCCCGCUAACUGUCACUAAUUUAAAGGUAAACGACUUUGACGUCCGAUUUCCCUAUUACAUUAAAAGUGUAGCUACUCUCUCAAUUGUACCGGGUAAUCUCAAAUUUGAGACCUUUUCAUUUUAGUAUAAAGAAUAUGACGACACUAGUUGAGAGUAGUGCGAACAAAUUUAAUGUAAUAACGAAUAAGGACCUUAAUUUGAUGGUAAUAAGAUGACAUUUUGCAUGAAGAUUAUAUUGUAUCGUGGCUCUUGAAGUGUGAUCGGUGUCGUUUUCUCUAUUUGUCUAUUUCUUUAUUUUCUCUUUUUGUGAACCUACUGAAGGAUCUUUAACACUUUACUUUUAGUAAUAGCAGUCCGUUUUAGUCAUUGUCUAUUCUGCACAAUAAUAGAUGAAGUUCUGAAAAUGGGCACAAAGUUUCCAUUAAUACCUGUUUACAACUAAUAAAUAAAAUUUGUGACAUUAAUAUGCUGCUUUAUCUUAGAGCUCUUUCUUCCUAAAACUGAAGUAAGGUAUACUGAUAUUUGUACUGUCAGUGUCACAAACAGGCGGUGCCUCUGAUUGAUUAUUAACAUUUGAAAUGCAGAAUUAAACAAUCGCAAAAACCAGAUUAGCUACUACUAGAAGUGAGUAUGUGUGAGUAUUAAUGCUCGUGUUAUUUAAAUUAAAAUGUAUUUUGACAUGUUGUCAUAGAUACAACUCAUACGACGAAGUGUCACAAUGCACUUUGCUGGUCGUAACGAUUUAAAUAUCAUCGAGCAUUAGGAUUGGUCCUGACCGCUUCUCUUAUUAUAAGCUUUCGGUGUUCGAUGUCUAGUAUGUCGGUUAUUAUAAUUAUUAUAAUAUACAUUAGUAUAAUGAAUGCUUAGUUAAUGCGACAUUUGUGAAGGAAUUUGGGUGAUAUCAAAUGAAUCGCUGAAGGUUUAUGACUCAUCCUGAUGCUUCCAACUGCAUCGAAAUCAAACUGUUGUGUUUCAUUAAUAUCUAUAUUCAUUAGAUACACGUACUUAUAUUUAUAUAUUAAAACCACUUUCAAGUAAAAGUCUUAACCGCUAGCCUUUUAAAUAAAAUUAGAAAGUAACUGCCUAUUUUGUUCAUAAUAAUACCACCAGUACUUUUAUUUAUUAUUAAAUUAAUAAAUUGUAAUGAAUUUACAAAGAGGUUUAUACAAGGUAGACAUGUAGUUUAGUAUAAUAAUUGUAAAUUAUUUAUUAAAAAUAAAUAAAGAGAGUAAUAAACAAGAUUACGAAAUGCAUUCCCGUGACAAAUGAGUAGAUUAAUUUUAAGCUCCUAAGUGACUGACCAAUUUCUAAAUUUUUCUCCUAAUACUUACAUAAUUUCAGUUGUAAAAUUGAUCUUAUGACUUUUGCACUCAGGGUAUCUUAUUGUAUUACUAUUAUUGGUGUAUUUUUGUAUUAUAUUUUGUUUAAGUAGCGUGUUUAGCGUUGGAGUUAUCUAUGACUUUUUGGCCUGCGAUGGCAUUUAGGAUUUCACUUUCGUCUGUUCUGUGACUAUAUUUGGACUAACUUCUUUAUUCUUAUCGAGUAUUGACUGAGACAUCUUAGUAGGAUAUUGAAUUUAAUGUUGAUUUUGUUAGGAUGUUGAUAUGGUGCAACUAUAACCUCAUGAUUUACAGGGAUGAAUGUGAGAGGUAGGAAUUCAUUUCUAUAUAUUUUAGUGUGAGCACGCUUGCGUGCAUAUGUGUGUCUUACUUGUUGUGUGAAUUUCAGUGGGUGUAUGUGUGAAUGAGACUGUUACUUUAAUGUGAUACUUUAGUCGUAGAUGUGUGAAAAAUGGAUUAUAAACUUUAUUGGCGUGACUGUACAUAGUAUAGCGAAUGAAUUAAUAAAAAAUAAAACGUUAAUUUUUCCCGAUAAGUAGGCUAAACAUUUUUGGAAAAUUUUAAAUAUAUGUGCGCAUGUGAUUAUAUUAUAAUGUGUAAUAUUCUAUGUUGUGAUUAUAUAAGUUAUUGUUGCAUCGUAUCGAUUGGGGAGAUGUGUAUUUACUAACCCGAGUUGUCGGUUACAGUAACUUGUUAAGUAUUUGCAGAUUAGCAUUUAUAAAUAAAAAGUACUAGAAAUAGGACUCACUGAUGCUUUUGCUACUCUUAGUUAAAUGAACAAUGAUAGAACGUAAUCGUUAUAUAACAACACAAACACUUUGGCACAACUUAUUAGCUACGGUAGAAAUGGAUACCUUCACAGGGAAAGCAAAGUUUGACACUGAAAGCGUCAGUCUAGUUGAUUUAGAUACACAAACACUUUUUGGUGUAUUAAGCGCUGACAUCUCUCACCCUUGACCGCACUUAAAACAUGGCCAAUAAGUUGAGUACGUUCCAUAAAAAACCUUGACAUUGAAGUAGCAAAAGCGUCUAAAAAAUCAGAUCCUCUUGCAUCGAAAGGUUACAUUGAUUUUAAUUUCUGACUAAAAUUGAAAAUUGCCAAAAAAAAUAUUUUAGUGGCAGAAAUGGAUAUU